AUGGCGCACUCAACACGACGCAUGUCCGAGAUCUCCUACCACAGCUUUCGUGAUGCUGAGCUGGUAGACCCGCUAUCAUCGCCUCCUUCAACCACUCGAGGUCGCCAGCCCACUCGAUCUCCCAGGUCCCCCAGGUCCCCGAGAGAGCAGUCUCCAAUCAUCGCCAAGGUCCAACGAAAGGAUUCUGGAUACGAGUCGCACACUUCAUCGCCACGCACGUCGGCCACAUAUAUUCGACCCAAGCCCUCACGGCGUACUACAGGACUGUCCACGUAUGGUACUUCAUCAACCCAGUCGUUGCGCUCCCGUAUCCGCCCGCCUAUUCAUCGACCCCAAACAUCUGUCUCGUACCAACUUCGAACCGUCGAGGCCGCCAACCAAACGCCUUACUACCCGUUCCAGGCUCCCGACCUCGAAGAAGUCACAGAGACAAGCCAGGAGGCCCAGAAUACUGUCCUACCGCCUCAGACUACCCAUUACUGGACCAGCGAUAGAACUCGUCGACUGGAGUAUGCCGCUAUUGAUGCUGCAAGCAAGGGCGUCAAGGGCUGGUUUCGAAGGAAUCUGCUGCCCGACUGCUUUGCAAGCAAAGGCAGACAUGUCGCCUUUGAUGACGACACUGGCAGUGUCCGUCGGUACAGGCUAGACCUGGAAGACGAUCAAGAGGAGAAGUGUGCAUCUGGCUGCCCUGCCUCAUCCUCGCGCAAGGGUCGGUUUUCUAUCCGGAUUCAUCGCAAAAGCGUUGCUGUUUGA